AUAUUUGAUUAAGGGCCAUUUGAAUACUGUAUGUUGAUAGGCUUGUUUUCAAUUAUGUAGUAGUUUACAUUAAACAGAAGGAGCAUGUUAGAAGGUGAUUGUGAUUUGAAUGACGCUAUCGCCCACGCAUUGAAAACCCAACAACUUCCAGAGCGAGGGAAUCAUUCUCUUCCCUCUGAGGCACGUAGCCAACGAGAAAUUAGAGCAGGAGCAUACAUGGACAUGGACCCUUCCUUGCAUGGACCCGACCAUAAACCCCGCUCCAAUGCGAGCCCAAGUCGAUGGCGACACACAGAACUUCCCCCACACCCUAUUUACCCCAGCCGAGGAUCCCGACCUCACCCUUACAUCCCCCCACCUGCCCCGCGACACAGCGACGUUCGCAGAGUAUGUCAUGAGCCCCGACGACCCCCUCAAUCGAAUUUCGCUUUCCACCAUAGACAGGUGGAGACUUACCCCCAAAACGAAGCUUAUUUCCGACCCCCGUCACCCCCAUUUCCUCCAAACCCACCCCCACGUUACCCCAACCCCGUUUUAAAUCAUUUCGAGAAGCUUCACCCUGAUGAUUUGCGGCACCAAGCGGGGUAUAGGAACUACAGUAGACCUGAAAGCAGUCACCAUUACAGAGCAGCUUCUCCUACUCGUGUUUCUCCAAGAACCAGGUCUCCACCUGUAGAAGACUGGCAUAAGAGGGAGUAUUUGCCGACUCGUCGAAGAAGAAACAGUCGCAAACAAGCGAGAGUUCAUGUAGAGUACAAUGACAGUGAAUAUGAAUCAUUUGACAGACUACUAAAGCAGUAUAAAAGUUUACAGCGAGAUGUACUGCCAACUGUGGAAGACAUGGAAGCGAGCACAGAAAAACAGAAUAUUGCUCGUGCUAUUCGUAAUCGCAUUGUGGGCAUGCAGCCUGCUACUGAAAAUACUGCGAAACAAAGAGAUGAGGUGCAGAUUAAGUCCAACCAGGAUGAGACAGUUGAGAUUGAUGGAAAACAGAUCCCAAUUUCCGUCAUACAGAAUGCUUUGCGCUCCGCCUUUCAGCAAGCUUCACUUACUGCUCCCCCAGAAGAGUCAUCCUCAAAAGAUGAUGAGCAAGAGAAGAAAACAUCAGAAAACCUCCCAGAAGCAGUAGAAGAGAAUGAUCAAGCCAAGGAUUUAUCUGAUGCUGGAAAUUUGGAACAAAAUCCUCCAUCAGACAUUGAUAAUUGUCAAAAUGAUGAUAUUUUGAAAUCCUCUCUUCCGGAUGUUGCUCCUGUUCCAGAGGAUCCUUUCUUAAGGGAGUCACCAAUCUCUCCAAAAGCAGAAGAAGAGGAAAAAGAGGUUGGCUCUUCCGAAACCAAGCCUGAUGUAACACCUACUGUACCAGCUGCAGAACAGAAUAAUGUGCCAAUUUCGACUAAGCAAAAUGAACAAACGGAUGAAAAUGAAAAUCUUACUUCAGUUAGUGAAACCAAUUCCACUCCUGAUGUGAAAAACCUUGAAGAAGAUGCAAGUGAAGAUGUUUUGAUCAUUGACGAGGAUGACCAACCCCAACAAGAAGAGGAGGAAGAAACUGUUUCUAAUCCUGAAGCCAAUGAUGAAGAACAUCCGGACUCUGAGGAGGAUGAGGAGCUCCUCAAGCUUCGUUAUGUUGCUCUCACAUCCGCAUUUCAGAGAAAUGUAGUAGAUAUUGUGCAGAAUGUUACAGAUAAUAAAGAGAAUGGCAAAGCUGUGGAAAACCAGCCAAAAGGGGUGAAGGGAAAAAAGAAAAAGGCAAAACCAAAAGGGAAAAGAUCUGUGAAACUGCCCACUUUUGCUGCAAGAAAAUCGAAAUCUAGGUCCCAGUCAUUGGAAAGGAAUCAAGUUAAAGAUAAAACACCAUCUUACCCCAUAUUAAGGACAAUGCCUUCAAGUUCCAAGGACUUCCAUUUGCCAAAAAUAAAAGAACGCUCUCUAAGUCCUCUAAAGGACAUGAGAGAUCCAAAGGUUCUUACUUUGGGUGCUGAACUACAAAGAAGGAAGGCACAACAAAAGAAAGUAAUGCUUCAAACUAUCAGGAAAAUAAAUGAUAACAAAGCUGGGGGUAGAGAUAUAAUAAAAGUUGAUGAAAAACAACAGAAUGAAGAUAAAGAGAAAAUCCCGCAACCACAAACUGAAGAUAAUUUUGAGGUUGUAGAAAUGGACACGACAGAUGUUGAAAUAAGUGAAAUAAUAAUUCAUCCACAACAAGAGGUAGUUUCGGGACCUCAAACCCCCCAACCAUGCCCGCCAGGCACUGAGGCAGACUGCACCCCGUCCCAAGAGAGUAUUUGGGACUUAUUAGAGGAAAAUGUCAAAAACUCUCCCAUCAAAGCAUCCAAAACUCCCGAAAAAGCAACAACAGCAACCCCUAAAACUUCUGUCGUGCCUAGGUUGGAAAAUAUUGCGAAAAUCGACAUAAAUUUGCCAGUUUUACCGGAAAAUAAUGAAGAAUUUAGUCAUGCCUUUGAUUCUCCAAGACCUAUUGAUGAUAUGGCUAAUAAUUUAAUCAGUCAGUAUGUCCCUGUAGAAAUGCUCUCAAGAAAUGAGAGUCCAGCUCUUCUAGAAGAGGAUACACAUCUUCAAGAGAAUGACCCAGAGAUGUCAAAUGAAGAAACUCAUCCUAAUGGGGAAAAAUCUACGGAGCGCAGAAUAUCGAUGGAGGACCCAGAAGAUCUGAGGAACGCUCUUCUUCAAGAGAUCGCUGAAAAACGCUCAGCAGCCCUAAUGAGCCAAGCACCUACAGCACCUGUGAGCGACGACCCUUCAAAAUUCCGGGUAUUUCCCCUCAGCCCCACACCCUCGAUCCUCAUGGAGUCACCCCCGACCCCUAAAGUCACAAAACCAAACAUGAAACUAACCCCCGCUCAAAAACGAACUAGGAACAGAAAAAAAAGAAGAAGCCAAAAGAUGAAAAAAUCCCUCCUCCUUCCACAUAGAUCAAUCCUCCAUGCUCCGGAUGCGGGAAGAUCAUGUCAAGAGCCGCUGAUGCAGCAGAAGCAACUUUCUUCCACAAAAGCUCAACCUAUUGCAAUAAAUCCUGAAAAGAUAGAAGUUAUAACGUCAAACACCACUGUAACAGCCACCACUUCUGUCCCGGUUCAGUUUUUAAAUGAGAAACAUCUAAAAUUGGAGCUCAAAAAGCUCCCAGAUGUAAACACGCUUUCUCAAGCCAAGACAACGACCACCUGGGCCAAACAGCAAGCACAAAACUUCGAGUUAAAAACCCUAAUGACCCAGAUGUCAGAUCCAAUGAAAAAAAUCAACUGGAACCAGAAAAUCAAACCCAAACAAAAUUCAACACAAAAAAUUGUGGCGAAAAAAGUUAAAACAAGAGAAAAAUUGCCGACUACAAAAUACUCAACAAGGUAUCAAUUAUCGAAGAUCAAUCGUCCAUCUCCUCCUCCUGCAUCUUCCGUCUUCUCUGCACCCAGCUCCCUGGAUCCUAAACUGCAUCCUCGUCAUAAGCCUGUUGUCAUCAACAUCUGCUCUUCUUCUGAUGAGGAAGAGCUCCCAAAACUGAAAAAUCCACCACAAAGCCACCCUAGCUCGGUUGUGGGUUCUUUACGAUCAAAAGUCCCGAGUCAUCAGGGAAUGCCUCAGAAAACACGACUUGGCAAAAUUUCCCUAGUUAAGGAUUUGAAAUCAGAUUUGAAAACGCAAGAUGUUGAAAAAGGUUUGAAAACUGAUGCAGAUGUGGUAAUAAUUGAUAGUCAAACAGCAAAGGUUGAAAAUGAAAAGGCUUCUGAAGACAAGAAACUGGAAAAUGAAGAGAAGCCCAACUCAACCAAAGACUCUGAAUCAGUAGAGGUGAAACUGCAUCUUGUACGCGAGCUCGUUCAGCGCGACAAAGCUCAUGUAUCCAAACUAACUUGUCAGCAAAAGGAAAAACAAUCCAGAAUCUCUUUGUUAAAAAAUAGAUUCUCCACAUUAAAAGCUCAACUGGAGGAAUGUGAAAGAAAACUAAGCACGGAAAAAGUACUUUGCACAAAGCUGAAUGCACAGGUUGAUAAAGUGACAAACAAAAUGAACCAGAGGCUUAAAUUGGAAGCUAAGUUUGUGAAGCAGUUAGAAGAAAAGAAAAAGGCAUCUACACCUGUUGUGUUGGAGACAGAACAUGAAAUGGCAGUGGAAAGUGCUGGUAAUAGUGUUGUAUUGUGUAAUUCAACUGGUGCAGAGAAAAAUAAGCAAGAACCUGAUAAAAUAGAAACAGAACUUGUGGAAAAGUGUACAAAACCAGUAGAAAACUUGUUAAAACCAGUUAAAAACUCGUCAAAACCAGUUGAAAACCCGUCAAAACUGGUUCAAAACUCGUCAAAACCAGUUGGGUUGGAAAACGAAAACCAGUUUAAACAAAUCAGAACCAGAUCUGGACAGGGCUGUCAUAACAAUGCAAAACUUCCCAACAAAGAACAUUGCUUCAACACCCUAAACCAGUCCAAACCAGAUCAAACCAGUAUCAACAGCCAGCCAAGCCAAGCAACUGAUCCAACACAUAUGGGAGAUGACCAUGAGCCAUACAAUAAGGCUUAUUUUGAUAUCUCUAGAAUCCUAAAAGCUGCAAGGCAGCAAACAGACCAGUUGAAUGUUGGGUCCAGUACACAGACCAAUACAGUUACUGCUUCUACUAAGGAUGAAACUAAGCCCAUUUCUAGCAAAACCGAAUCUCAGGGGAAACCAGAAAAUACAACUUCAAAGUCUAAAAAGGUGCAACUUAUGCAAGAAAAGGCAAAACUUUUGCAGAAAGCACGGGAGCUAAAAGUACAGCAUGAAAAAGUGAAGUUGAAACACACGAAACAGAAGCUGCGUCUUAUAAAGCAAAAGCAGAGCAAGUCUAAUAACAAAGCUUUAGCACGCGCAAGUUCCCCUGCCAUGACAAAAGCAAACUCUAUUUCACCUCAAAAACCCACAAGCCCAUAUACAGAAGCCAAUGUUAUAAUUGAACUGCCAAACCAUAGCAAAGUUUCCACUGUGAAAGCUAUAUCCGCCCAAAUGACAUUAACUGACACAAAAAGCAACCUCGCACAAGCUGUUGCAAUAGAAAACUUAAAGGAACCAAUAAAACGGAAAAUUACAGAAGUAUACACUGAAAAAAUGGAUGUUACUCUAACCCAAAGUGAAGUUGAACUGAAAGACAAAAUAAGUCCACCAGUUACCCCAACACUAAAGAAAGCAAGGUCUGGUCGGAAAGAUUCCACUUCAAGUCUAAUAGGUAUAGAAGGGGAAACUAGAAGCAUUAAAAUGCCAAAACUGGAUUCAUCCGCCUUGAACAAGUUACAGCUGACACUUGUGUCUCCAAAAGUGACCAGUACACAUGCAUUUGGUACUGAAUGCGGAAAUAACCGGUUACUACCGCUUUUCCAAGUUCCUGCAUGUUUUGCGAAAUGGAUAUACACUGACAGUGAAAUUGUUGCUUUAACUUCAACUCCUAGAAGUACAGACACAAGCAAUGAUUUAUACCAGGCGACCUCGGAAAACCCUGGCAGCAGACUGACUUACUUCAGAUCCCACAGGUUGUCCCCUUCAUUAAGAACAAAUAAAAACAUUUCAAUUACAUCACUAACAUUUUCCCACAAAAUAAACCCCCACCAAGUCUUAUGCAGGUAUGACUUAACUGGCAAGUGCAAUGACAAAAAAUGUAAAGCGCAACACUGGGCAGACAUAGUGCCAACAGCAAACGAAAUAUAUCUUGACCUGCUUUCCUACUGCCCAAGCUUGCUCAAAAAAUCGGAUGGCAGCAGUGUUUCCAGCUCUGAUUCUCGUGAAGUUUUACUUAAGGCUGCAGAAGACUCUGUACAUCGCUUAUGUGGAUCGGAGAUCUCUGUUUCCGGUCGUCCGAUCAUGAGCACGGAGGAGACGAGCAUCCUUCUCAUCAGCAUCAUCAACCGUGCUCUUGGGAGCAAGCAACCCCACACAAUUACAUUCAACCGGCGUAGCAGCCAGCUGUGGCAGAUUUCUAAUAAUAUGAAUAAAGAAGAAAGUGACAUUUCUCCUUUUUCCUGGAACGAUUUAAACACAGAAAUUUGGAUCCCCGAGUCAGAAAACACUGAGUUAAGAUAUUUUGACCAAGAAGAUGCAAAAAAUGAAAUCGAAAAUUUAAAAAGUUUGCUCAACUCUGAACCAAAUGACGACGAAGUUAGAAUCCAGUUAUCUGAGCUUUAUUAUACUGAAUAUAAGUUGUCGAAACAAAGCAAUAUGCACAGCCUUGACAUGGCCUUACACACUUUGUGUCUCGGAAUCGAGUUAAAUGAGCACUCGGAGGCGCUAUGGAGUUCCUAUCUUCCGUUGCUAUUCACACACAACCAACAGAGCAAUGGCAGCUUGGACAAUGUACUUGAGAUGAUGGAGCAAGUUAUGAUAAUACUUCCACUCUCAAAGCCUGUGUGGAGUCAGAUACUGAAGUGGAAUUGGUCAUACCAGAAACUAGACGCACUUUAUCAACAGCUCAUUGGAAAUCUAAUAAAACGUGAAACUGUUUGGAAAGAUAAAGAGAACCAAAACUCUGAGAAUUUUUCUUUUUAUUCCUGUUGGUUGAUGGUGACUGUUGUUGAGAGAUGCCAUGCGGCUUUGCUUAGUCAAGGACCUUUAGAAGCUAAGAAAUCGUUCAUGCUCACACUUAAAGAACUUUCUGAAAUGAGGUCUAAUUCAUCUGAACAAGUUUUCCCAAUAUCCAGUGUCCAUUUAAGCAAGCUAUGGCUUGUUUAUAUUUACCUGACUGAAUAUGGAAAUCUGCCAAGCUCAAUAUAUGAUGACAGUUUAAGUGAUAUAAGAUAUGGGAUUAUUCUGUCUGAACGUGAAGUCAUUUUAAAUUUCCCAAGUGCAAGGAAAUUGAACCAAAAACCAGAGAAACUUCGAGCACAGUUUAAAGCGGCACUGUUGGCUUGUACUGACCCUUCAGAAAGUGCUUGGGUCAAUGCAACACACUGUAUGCAACUAUAUAAGUCUCUAUUGGAGCUAGAGACAUCACUGAAGAGAUGGCCUGCUAUUAAUACUAUGUGCAGACGAUUAAUUGAAAAUCUUACCAUGACUGAUGGUUCAAAUGAAGCAGAUAUUCCACUGAAGCAAACCAGUGUAGACCAUGUAUGGAUUAUGUGGGCUGAAGCGAUUUUACAAAGCAAGAAUCCUGUUAUGAUAACGCAGACAUUUGAUCGAGCUAUAACAGCAGCACCACAUAAUGCUAAGUUGGCAUUUACUGCAGCUUUGUAUCAACUUAACUCUGAGAGUCGAGAUAUUGAAGCCGCGUUACUGUAUCUGGAAACUUGCUUGGGAUACUAUCUUGAUUUAGAAGACAUGGAUAGCUUACUGGCUUCAGAACUCCACCAACUGUACCGUAACUUGUUAAAACACGAUGCGAUGUUACGACCUAAUGUGGGGGGGUACAAGCCAAGAAGUCUUUCAACUGACCAGUUAGAAUUACACAAGGGUUAUUUCUGGUUAUCUUACUGCAUGUUGACUGACCUGGUAAUAAACGAACAACUCUGUGCACCAGAGAAGCCAAUCAAACAAUGCAAUAUAUUUGAUCUCUAUGAAGCAGCGUUACAUGACGUGAUCGACCUAGAACAUAAAAAAGAAAUUUGGAUCAGGUACCUCCUCCAUUUUCGAUCCCAACCUCCAUCAUUAUGCUCCUCAUCAUCUGAUCGUCCGGACCCACCGCUUCGUUUCCAGUGGUUGAAACGCCUCAUGGCCCUCGUCAAGCGUUGCCUUUUUUCUGUCCCAUGCAAAGCAAAACUCUCCCACAAUGCAUUGCAGUCAGAAAAUCGGACAGUUACGUAUUUUACCGAUUAUUCGUUCCAUAACCAAGUUGCAUCUAUUUUCCUUGGCUGCUUUCCACCCCAGCAGUUGUCUGUUGCAUUAACUAUUCUAACUGAUGUGAUGCCAACAAAUAUCCCGCUUGUACUGCGAUCAGCAGAAGAGUUACUACGCACUGAAGACCACAGCUCAAUACUUUCUCUUACAUGGGGCCUUACUACUGGAGCAAGAUCUGGGAUUUGUUAUAACCCUACUGUAUGGAAGAUAACUACUGCUGCAUUGGUGGGCAUGGGGAAAUACAAAAAGGCACUCCAAGUCUACCAGAGAUCACUUCUCGCUCUGAAGCACUGCAAGGCUCUUUGGCGUGACGUUGCAGCAGUGGCUAUGGUUCUACAAAACCAUACGCUUUUGAACGAAAUCGACCACGCGUCGGUCUGUAAGCUUGAACAAGGCGUUCUGGAUCUACUCAAAAAUGAACUUGCAAAGACGUGAUACCUUAAAACGCGGGAAUCAAGCAGAAAACGGUCGAUGUACUCUACCUCAAGAAUAUCAAUUCCUGUUUGAUUCACUCCCAGAUCAAGUCCGUCUCUUUAUUCAACGUGCCUUUAUGUUUCUGUUACGUCUGCGGAUCUUCGAAUGCAGUUAUUUUUUAAGAAAAUUGUGUUUCCGUACUGGGACAAGUAGGCUCUCCAUUCCAAUUCUCGUCGGCUUUGAGUCUUACUCUACUGGAAGUCGAUUAUAACCAAGGUGUUUUAGUAUUUCGGCCACUGUUGCCCGAUUUUGCAAAGUCCAGCCUAGAAGAAAGAAGAUUAAAUCAGUUAAAACCUACCAGCCUACUUUUUCAGCUGUCUUCUCUUUACGUUUUCCUGUCCAGCUUUUAUACACGCCUUCUUUGUCCCACACCUCUGUUGUUAUGCGUACCCCUCGUUCCUAACUUUUAUGUAUUUGUUCUGUAUAAAGCUCAGUGCCACGGACCGUCCCUCAGUUUGGUUGGUUCGAUUAUAUUUGUGUGUUUUCAGCUGGUUUGUAUAGCUGAAGAAAUAAACACAACCACAAAUGA